CCUCGUUAAUGUUAAUGUAUUUGUUUAUGUUUUUAUAGAGUGAAAGUGCGGCGAGAGAUGAGGACAUCGAACAAAACCGCCGGACAUAUCGAAAAGUACCGCCAAUUGGUGCAGAAAUACAUCGGUCUGCAUGUGUACGGGGCGGCGCUCUUUUGGGCGGACAAAGUGGUCGCCCUCACCGACAGCCCGAAAGACGUAUACUAUUUGGCCCAGUGCAUGUACUUGCAGAAGCAGUACCACCGGGCUGCCCAUCUAUUGCAAUCGAAACAACUGGAUCAGGGAUACAUUCUGUGCGCAUACAUGGCCGCCAAGUGUCUCUUCGAGGCCAACGAAUACGAUAAGGCUUUGAAAGUGAUAAACUUGAAUGAAUCGGGGACAAUCUGUCCCGUAACGUCGGAGUUGGAUUUCGUAUUUUUUGAAGAGCUACCCAAAGCGCAAACGCUCUCGUCCUUCCUGCUGCUCAAGGGCAAGAUCCUCGAGGCGAUGGACAACCGCGGUCUCGCGGCCAAAUGCUACAAGCAAGCCCUCAACUAUGACGUUUAUUGUUUCGAGGCUCUCAACUCGCUCGUAAAAUAUCAGAUGCUGACCGCGGCGGAAGAACGCGAACUGUUACGAUCGAUACCGAUCGCGGAUCAGUGCGCGAACGCCGACGAGAUCGACGUCGUCAGGACGCUGUACGAGGCGCGGCUGAAGAAGUACGACUCGCCGCAGGCGAAACCCCGCCCCUCGGUCGACGAGGUCCGACUGGUGUGUUCGACGCCGGGAGACGCGAGGUCGUUCCCGGCCACGCCCACCUCGAUCGUCGGCACGCCGCUGAUGGGCGGGGACAAGAGGAUGCGGGUGGACGGCGAGCGCUGUCCCCUGCUCGCGAAACUGGCGGACAGCAUCGACAUGCGGGUGGCCGAAGCGGAGACCCUCUAUUACAACUGCGACUAUAGGAAGUGCGCCGAAUUGACCGAGCAGAUCCUCAAACGGGAUCCCUACCAUGACGAGUGUCUGCCUGUACACAUCUCCAACCUCGUGGAGCUCAAGCUCAGCAACAAAUUGUUCUCGCUGGGUCACAAGCUCGUCGACCUGUACCCGAACCUGGCCAUAUCGUGGUUCGCGGUGGGCUGCUACUAUUACACGAUAGGCAAAAGGGACUGCGCCCGACGUUACCUCGCCAAAGCGACCCACCUCGACCGUCUAUUCGGUCCCGCUUGGUUAGCUUACGGUCACUCGUUCGCCGUCGACAACGAGCACGACCAAGCGAUGGCCGCCUACUUCAAGGCGUCGCAGUUGAUGAGCGGGUGUCACCUGCCGCUCCUCUACAUCGGCCUCGAAUGCGGCCUGACGAACAACGUGCGUCUCGCCGAGAAGUUUUUCCAACAGGCACAGACCAUCGCGCCCGACGACCCCUUCAUCAUGCACGAGAAGGGCGUGAUCUGUUACCACAACCAGGACUAUGAGGGGGCGGAGCUGAAUUUCCGCCAGGCCCUGGAACGCAUCGAGACGAUCCGGAAGGGGCCGAUCCCCGCGAUCUGGGCGCCGCUGCUCAACAAUCUCGGUCACACGUGUCGACGACUAAAAAAGUUCGACGAAGCGCUGACGUUCCACCACAAGGCGCUGCUGCUGAAUCCGGAGGCGGCAGGGACCUUCGCCGCCAUCGCUUACGUCCACGUGCUGAUCGCAGAGUACGACCACGCGAUCGAUUGGUUCCACAAGGCGCUCGGCUUCAAACGCGACGACGCGUUCAGCACCACCAUGUUGAAUUACGUCAUCGAGCAUUGGUGCGACGACAAGCUGCCAUACAACGACUGCCCCGCGGGUAUACCGAGGUACGAGCCGAGGCCGCGCAACGCGUCGAAAAGCACCGCCUCCGACGUGAACGUCUCCGUCGACAUGAGCCUGGAGGCGGCAGACUCCGGCAGGCAGCAGCUGGACCCCGAGAACGAAAAUCAAAACGACAGCACCGACAUGAGUAUCGAUUACUAA